UGGCCACCGGUCGUUCGGUAUGGCGUCGGAGCAGAUCGCGGCGCUGAUGGACGAGUUCCUCCAUCGGCAUCUUGAGCUAAGCCGCUCGUUAAAGACAAAGCUUGCCAAUCAGUUUUUUGUGGCCAAUAGUGAUACGCAGGCGGCCAACAUGCUCGGUUUUAUGCUGGGCUGUGAGCCCCUCGAAACGGCUCAGCUGGAGUGCUGCGAGAAGGAACCAUUGUUCGAACCGGACCUCUAUAAGCGAUACCUGCUCCCGAUCGUGAAACGUAUGCCGAGCCGUGAAUUUUGUUUCCUUCCGCUGGUGCUGGAGCAUACGGGACAAUCAGGGACACCGGGGUUGAGCCUACUGAUACGGGUACGCUGUGGCCGGCCACACCACGCCAAGUUCUGCUAUCUGGAUCUGUCCCGACGUCGCUACACCGGUUAUCCCGAGUUCGUGCGCUCCAACCGGUUCCCACCCUGCACUCUCUGGUGUCCCAGGAACGGGAUGAUAUCGUACGAUGCCUGCGGACGGAUACGUGUGAGUGGCUGGAAGGUGAAAAAGCGGCGUGGCGAACUCUGGAAAACGUUAACCAUCGUCGGUAACAUUGGUGCGGUGGCGCUGAUGAUGGCCGCACCGGAAAUCGCCCCGCUGCUGGUGUUCGGUAUUACCAUACCGAUCACCGGUUUUUCGAUCGUGGAUCUAGUCGAUGGCAUCCGGCACGAACGGAACUCGGUGAUCGUAUACCGAGCCACCGCCCUAGCCACCAAUCUGAUGACGUUCGCAAGCGUCGGAUUGACCGUGGCCUGCAAGGCGGAUCGAUUGCGUCGACUACUAACCGCCGAUCAGUUAAAGUUGCUGCUGUCGGCUGAAUCAUUCCUGCAGGUUGCCAACUCCAGCAUGAUGACCACGUUUGCGCUGGUUUCCCUUGUUGGAAGCGUGUCAGGGUUCGCCAACUUGAGCAAGCUCGAGUGGUUGCUACUAGCGGCCAACCUUUGCCUGGCGCACAGGAAAUGCCUUACCAUGGAGGGUGCGAAGAGUCUCAUCGCAAGACUGGAGCUGCGCGGGAUAGCAACGUUCUUCCUCACCACCUGCCGGAACAUCAAGCUUAAGUACCAGGAACUAAUCACGCUCAUCGAACCAUAUCUGGACACCGUGCUACCCUUCGUUCUCGACGUUCUCAUGCAAGGCAUCGAGUUCAGCGUGACGGAUGAUUUUACCGAAAUCACAAUCUUUGGCUACCGGUUCCAGUUCCGGACGCUGCUGAACGUGGAUCCGAAGCUGCUGAAAACUCUAUUCGCGCAGUUGGCGGAAAGGGCUGGCGAAAUGAUGGAAUCCGUUGGGAAGUGUUUUUCGCAGGUGACCUCCUCGAACUCACUGUUCGGUGAUGCGCCAACACUGCUGGAACUGCUGCAGGCCAUACUGGAGCUUGGUGGACGGCUGAAGGCCCUCAAGGAAAGUGCGGACCUUCUGAUCAACGCCAUUCGCUUCGGUCGGGGCCUUGAGUUUACGCGGGAAACUCUGCUGGCAUGGUGGCGUGCCCCAACGCACGACCGGAUCGGCCUACUGCGGGCACUCGUUGCGCUGGAACGCGAUCAAACGGAACAGGUGAACCAGCUGCGUUCGAGUGAACGGUUGAAGGAUGAGGAUUUGUUCCGUUGGCUGGUAGAGUCCGGGAACGCCAUGGUGUCGCACAAUGACGAGUCGAACACGCACGAAUGCUACACGUUCCUGCUGCACUUUCUGCUCGAUGUGGCUCAACGGAUGCCAUCGUCAUCAGUGAUCGCGUUCGAUGGCGACCAUCACAUCGUCAUUGACGAACUACUAGCAAUUACCGCUAGCGAGUACAACUCCGUACCCACCGGUAAUCGCGAUGUGCUGCUGAAUGAUCCGCGAUUCUUACAGCUGUGCCGUGAUGUAUCCCCGACGCCCGGUGUCAAUCUACUGGAGCGCGCCAAACAAACAUGGUUGCGCACGUGUUCCCAGGAACAUCCGCAGUUUGAAACGAUUGGUUUGCUGGUGGCCUUGCUCGGAUCGGCUGAACCUCCUCUACCAAUGCCGUUAUCGCGUGCCCUCGACAUCGCACUGGACGAGGCCGGAUAUACGGUUGGAACGGUGUACUAUGGUAUCCUGUUCGCUAGCCACGUUUUGCGCUCCCAAGCCGAUGUAACCGCCAGCACCAGCACCAGUGCGAUAGAAGCACGGUUCUGUCAUCUACUGAGCGUGGCCGAGAACCAUCGAUUGGCGAACGCAGAUCCAACGCACCAUCGUAGAGAGGCCACGAGCACAGAAGACGAGGAAUUGCUAGCACUGCUGAACCGACUUAAUACCGAUGGCGAUACCGACGAUGAUCGUGCGUGGCACUCGCAUGAUGCCGAUGCCCGAGCACAGAUUGGGCCACACGAUCGUGAUACGUUCCUGUUUCCGUGUCUACGGGAAGAAGAUUGGCGUUAG